CAGCAACUGCAGAUUUUUCAACACUAGUUAUCAACAGCAGUGGGACGCAGAAACUUCCUCUUAAUUUUGCGGAUCCGUUGAGCACUCAUUACACAGCCCCGGAGGGAUUUUGUUUUGUUUUUUGUUCUUUACGCUCUCUUCGCCCCACCAGCCUGGACUGGGAUUGGAGGGGGAGAAGGAAACCAAGGCGAGACUUCGGUUCACUCGCAGCCGCGGGGAACCACGGCGACGACAUGUUCAAGAGGUUGAGGGUCCGGAGCCCGGCGGCGAAGAGAAGCCCUGCUCCUGUCUGUGAGGAGCCGCCGGAGAACGUGUACCACCGACCCCACUUCCUGCACCAGAGCCCCGGGGAAACGAGCCUGAACUCGGGUCAAAUGACCAGACCCGUCUUAUUCCCUCCCAGGAACAAGAAUUUGCCCUGGUGUACGGGAUAUGCAGAGGUGAUAAACGCAGGCAAAAGUCUUUCCAAUGAAGAUCAAGCGACCUGUAGACCUGUCAUCCUCAAAAAAAGAACCAGCAUUGAUGAAGACUGGGUAUCACUGUGCCAGAAUGAAGACAAGCAAACCCAAGAGAUCAUGGCCACCUACUGGGGAUUGUUUGAUGGCCACGGUGGACCCACAGCUGCAAUCCAGGCAUCUAAACACUUGCACCACUGCAUCAAAGAUCAGCUGGAGGACAUCUUUGACAUCAUCGGCAACCCUACCGCCGCCACGCCCCCGAUGCGUCUGGGAGAACAGAAUAGCAACGGAAGAGAGACGAGUUAUUCAAAGGAUAAAAAGAUCUGCGUGGAGAGCGUGGUGAAAGGAGCUUUGGAAAUUGCCUUCAAAAAAUGCGACGAGCAGAUCGGAGACUACCUGGCAUCACAUAACCAAACUGGAGGGUGCACGGCCCUCGUUCUUCUUCACUUUCAGGGAAAGUUCUUUGUGGCCAGUGCUGGAGACAGUAGAGCAAUUGUGGUGCAGAAGAAUGAUGUUCUACCUCUUUCCAACGAGUUCACGGCUAUCACCGAGAGACAAAGGAUUCAACAUCUGGCAUUCCUGAAGCCCGAGUUACUUGGUGAAGAGUUUUCAAGAUACGAGUUUCCUCGUAGAGUGAAAAGAAAUGACGUUGGAAAGAAGGUCCUGUACAGGGAUUACUUCAUGUCUGGCUGGGGUUAUAAAACUGCAGAGGAAGAUGAUCUCAAAUAUCCUGUUGUGCACGGAGAUGGUAGACAGACUCGAGUGAUGGGGACAAUCGCUGUCACACGUGGACUAGGAGACCAUAAGUUGUUGGUUUAUGACACUGAUCUCUGCAUAAAACCAUUUUUAUCUUGUAUUCCUGAGGUGACGGUCUUUGAUCUAGAACAAGAAGAAUUUGGACUGAACGAUGUCCUCAUAAUGGCUACUGAUGGACUAUGGGAUGUCAUGUCUAAUAAGGAUGUAGCAGAUGCCGUAAAGAAUUUUUUGGAAGACCAGAAACACGAGGCACGCAGGUACACAAUGCUGGCCCAGUAUCUUGUAGUUAAGGCAAGAGGCUUUCCAUUUAAUAAUAACUGGACACUAGAAGAUGGCAGCUUUGCCUCACAUGAUGACAUAUCAGUAUUUGUGAUACCACUGCAUAACCAAGGAGGCACAGCAUAACUUUUGACAUGAGAAGAUCUACAAGAUAUUCAACAUUGCAAAAAACACUGGAAAUCAGCGUGAGAAAAACUACCUCCUAGCCCCAGCAAGGCUGCCUAGAUUGUGCACUCAAUCAGGAUGGCACGGUGGCGCAGAGGUAGAGUUGCUGCCUUACAGCGAAUGCAGCGUGGAGACCCGGGUUCAAUCCCGACUACGGGUGCUGUCUUGUAGUUUGUACAUUCUCCCUGUGGCUGCGUGGGUUUUCACCGAUAUCUUCAGUUUGCUCCCACACUCCAAGGACGUACAGGAUUGUUGGUUAAUUGGCUUGGCAAAUGUAAAAAUUGUCCCUAGUGGGUGUAGAAUAGUGUUAAUAUGCAGGGAUCGCUGGUCGGCACAGACCCGGUGGGCCAAAGGGCCUGUUCCUGUGCUGUAUCUCGAAAACUAAAUUGCUUUCCCUCAUCAACAAUGAUUCGUAAGAAUUAACGCCAUGACUCAUCCAUUGUUUUUGCUGUCAAAAACAAAUGGCGGUUACUGUUAAUGGUGCUUUUACUGUAAUGAGUUGAGUCGAAAACAUAUCAAGAUGCACGUUUAUUAAAUCUACUUACAGCAAGGAUCUGCAGGACAUUACCUUUCCGAGCAGCUACCGGAUACUAACUAGCGUAGGCAAGCUCUUGAAAAUAUAAAGCACAUACUGGGCGGAGUCACUACUAACAAGCACUAUAAUUGGCUAGUAUGAAAUAGAUACAUCUCAUGAGCUCUUGAUAACCAUUUUAAGUGUAGGUUUGGCAUGAGAAUCCAGUCCAUUGUCUUCCUAACUACAAUAUCAUGUGCGAUGCAAGUGUCAAAUAAGGGAUUUUUAAAAAUCAAAAAUUCUAAUUAUCAAUUGGCAUUAUUUUUUAACUAAUUGUUAAAUCUUGGUAUUAAGAGAAAGCAAUUUGAUAAUGUGUUUAGCCAUGGUUAGUUUAAGCCCUUGCUGAUGUCUGAACAGAGUGAAUGUGAGUUUGAAUUAUGAUAUAGUCAUACCAAGCUUACAAUUAUUAAUUACUGUGCAACAGCAGGUGAAUUCCAGAUUCACUCUGGAAUAGUCAGUAUAUGCAGGAGGCUGCUUCGAAUCUAGAUGUAAAUACAGUGGAAAGAUUUUAAUUUAUCUACACAUCACACCAGCUGAAAUUGCUGCCUACAUACCCACGCCAUUUAUAACCAUAAUAUACAAGUGUUAUGUUUGAUCUUUUCCAGAGGACAUGUUGUAAUUUAUUGUACAAUUAAUUUUUUUUUAAUUUUUGAGAGGUGGUAAGAGAGUAAUCUGUCUUUAGGAUGUUUGUUAAGAUUUAAAUAUUUAACCAUCUGUCUGUCCGGUUGUCCUGCAUGGUUUUGAUGUGAGGUUUUGUCUUGCGCUACACCCAAGAAGCACCUUAAGAUGCAUUUCUAUCAUUGGUUUGCAAGGCUGUGCUUUUGGCAGCAGAGCAGCUUAUUUUACCAGUAAAAGCCUCUGCUGUAAGACCAUAUGACAUACAAGCAGAAUUAGGCCGUUUGGCCCAUUGAUUGAAGGGGAGGUGUUUGUGUCCAAAUUUAGCUCAAUAACAAAGAGUGAUUUUCGCAUCAAAUGCAAACAGCCUUCCAGUCGCCAAGUCUGGCAGAACCAAGGUCCUUGGCUUUUCAUGGUAGAUACGGUAGGUCUUGAGGGGAACAAGGGGACAACUGUGCUGUGGACAUUGCAGAUUACCAGCACCUGUAGCCUAGACAACUGCAUCAAGAGUGAUGUCGUCAAGCUGGAAAGUGUGCAGAGAUUUAUGAGGAUGUUGCCAGGAGUCGAGGGCCUAAGCUGUAGGGAAAGGCUAGCAGGCUAGGAUGUCAUUCCUUGGAGUGCAGGAGGAUAAGGCAUAAUCUUAUAGGUGUACAAAAUCAAGUGAGGAAUAUAUUGAGUAAAAGCAGACAUUUUGCCCAGCGUUGGGGAAUCUAGGAAGGGUGGUAGGUGUAUGGAACGAGCUGCUGGAGUAGGAUGGAUAGGAUAAGUUUAGAGGGAAAUGGGCUAAAUGUUGGCAUGUGGGACGAAUGUAGAUGGGGCAUGUUGGGUCACAUGGAGAGAAACGUGACAAUUAAUCUAGAGAAAUCCAGUGUAUUUAGGAGGUAAAACAAGGCAGUCUUACUCCCUAGCUUCUUCAAUAUGGCACAACUUCAGCAUACUUACCAACUCGUUGCAUUAAAACAGUACAUACCUUUUGUUGCCGUCUCUUAGAAGCAUGGCAUAAGUGAAAAUUAAGAUCAGAUUUAAAAAAUAUUGAUUUCCUUAAAAUGAAAUUGUGUUAGUCAUGGAAAGAUACAGUACUUUAGAUUUAGUUCACCAAUAUUUUACUAAUAGAUUUCUAAAUUCAACAUUGAUCGAUACAUUUAACACCACCUUCCAAAACCAAGCCAAAUCAACAUCCUCAGUAGAAAUCUACUCGGGGAAUGGUAUGCAUUGUUGAAUAAAAAACUCGUAGAAAUCCUGUUGCAGAAUUAAAUAUUUGCAACCGCAGUUCCUAAGCAAGUGGAAAGCAUACAUGUUGCAAUUGAUUUUAAUACCUUAUGGUAUAUAAAGUUUAUGCACAGACCUUGGGAGAGCAACUCUCCAUGUUUUAAAUGUACAACAAACAAUUUAAUAUGUAUCUUGAUUAAUGGAUUUAAAUGCAAGAUGAAAAUCUGGACAGAUAGCACUCGUACUGAUAAACUAAAUGUUUGCCAAGUUUAAUUUUACCAGAGUUACAGUGAAACUUUUGCAAGUGAGAAAUCUGUCUUCUAUACAUCAGCAAUAUACAGCAUUAUACAGUUGUUUUAAUGCAACAGUCCCACAUCAAAUGAAGACAAUUUCAGCAUAUUCAACAAGUCACAAUAGUUGCUCAUUAAAACUUCCCUUACUUAUUAGCAACGGCAUUUUCCUUUUCUUGAAACUCUUUUAAAGCACAUAGUCUUGGGAUCGACAGUAGAAAGCAACCCAAUUCAGUCAAGAACAAUAACUUGGCCAAAACACCAAAGGACGACGUGACUCCUACCAUUUCCUUACUGCAACCUGGGAAGACCAGGAUCCAUGCUGACAAUAAAUCUAUAUUCAACAGCACAAGCAUUGCGUGCUCAUACUCUACAAAACAAAUUUCAUUUGGAACUAAAAUAUUAACAGCAUGUAGGAAACUAAACUAAUAUAGAAAAGAAACUCCUACAUAAGCUAUCAAAAUGUAAAGAUUUGGCUCUUACAAAAUGCCCCUUUGAGAUUUUGGCACAUUAACACGGAUCAUUGUAUUGUAGUGUAUUGGAAGAACAUGCAGAAUAUAACAUGUGCCAAAAUCAUCAUCCUGUGUUUCCAGACAGUACCAGGACCCAAAUGAGGCAGUACCUUUGGAUAUUGAAAUUUGCACAGAUCUGAUCACUAUUCUAUCAAUCAGUGAUAUGGAAGGGUGUUCUAAAAUAAUUCCUAAUUUAUGUAGGGAAUUAUGUUCAAUUAAUAUGAAUAACACCCAUUGAAGCCAUUUAUGAUACACCAGGUCAAAAGCAGAUGUCGUUUGCAAACUCGAGCAAAGCAUUGUAUCCGGCCAACGUUUAAAUUUGACAUAUCCCCUCCACCCCCCGGGGGAUUAGACCAGGAGAUAUUUUUCCACACAUCUUUACAUAUUCUACUCCUCCCUUGAUAUUGAUAUCAACAUCAAUUACAGCACUACUGACGUAUUAUUUUUUUUUAGAAUAUUUGAAUAGUGCAAGGAACUGCAGAUGCUGGAGCAAAAGGGGCUGUUAUCUUCUGGACGACAAUACAGUAGUGUUCCCUGACUGGGCAACACUGCGGAAUAGAUAAAGACAUUUUUCUGAAGAUAUUUUUUGUUUGGGCAUGGAGAAAAGAGGAGAGACAUGGUGCGGGAGUGCGAUACAAGAAAUAGCUGUUUAACCAUAAGUAGUUAUACAUUACAUAUCACUGAAUAAAGAUCCAGUUUUCAAAUCUGUAUUUUCAAAAACAAAAUACCAAUGCAGUACUUUAAUGGCAAAACAUCCAUAAGAUAACAUGCUCAGUUACAAACAUGUAUUAGAAAACAAACAGAAAUCAAUACUACAAAGGAGAUGGAGUUGCACUGGACACAAAAUGGAAGGUUAGUGCGCAAGUUGUCAUCUCAUUCAUGAAUAGUGAAAGAGGGAUCAAUUCAAGUCUUUACAAUGGUAAUCGCCGCUUCCCUUUCAUUAUAUUCUGUACACAAAGUAUAUUUUCCGACUGGACAAUGGUUCAGUAUUUACAAGGUUGUAUGUUAGAAAGCACCAAAGAUCAAAAGUUUGUCAACACAAUCUCAUGUUGGCUACGAGACGAUUUUGCAGCACAACUUGCUCACAAAAUCAGGUGGGCUUUUUUUUGUACACCAGGUUUCCACCAGGAUUAUGCAAUUAUCAAAACUGUGGGGCUCACUUGAAAAGAACGGCAAAAUUGAUCGGACAAUUUGAAUUCUUGAAAUUUUAUCCGAUAACUUCCCCAUUUCCACCCACUAAUCUUGAAUAUUCCCUCCUGCAUUAACAUUUCAAAGAAGAUGGGCAACAUCAUUUGAGUCAGCCGCUAUACAGAAUGGAAGAGGUUCUUCCCCAAGCCCAUACAUUUCUAGUCAUAAAUGUUUUAUAUUUGAGAUUUGCCCCGACUGCAAAUUUUCAUAAACAAUGGAUGUUAAGCCAUUUCAAUUUUCCCCAGAAGUGCAAAGGAGAAGGCAAUUUGCCAGACAGAAUUAGUAUAUUUCCAAUAUUGCAAUCUCCACUGAAGUAUAAACCACUUUCCUUUGGAUAUGCUGCUCAACUUUUUAAUACCAUGAAUCAGACGUUCAAGUUUCUGCAUUGCACACUAUUAUUCUGGUUGAACAAAAAUACAUCUUUGGCACAUUAAAACACCCAAAGUUUUUUUUUUCAAGCACCCACAUUGCAAAACGCAUCUACAUCUUUUACAAGUACAGAUUACAGCUGAAUAACGUAAUUUGUUUUUGCUAAAAAUUGCAAAAACAAACCACCCACUGUAUAUUUACAUAAAACAUCCCAAAGCUGCUUCAAACUUUGUUCUGAAUUAAUAUCAUUUAAAACUGUACACAAAUAUACAAUAUAGUAACACGGAUAUAUAUCUCUGCAAAAGGAAUAUAAUCAGUUGGUCUGAUUACCACAGCAAAUGAACCAACUCAAUUUUUCCAAAAAGAUGAGACAUUGAUGGAAAACUCAGGAGAGAAAGUUUCCCCUUUAGGCAAAUGAUAGACACCUACAACCAAAAUACUAAUCAUAGUACUACUGUGCAUUUUCCCAGUUUUUUUGCUCAAGUCUUUCAAAAAAUCGUCCAUUUGAUCCAAACAAGAUCAUUGACAAAACACUGUAAUGGGUUCUUGACUCUUAAAACCGUGAAACCGCAGAAUUGUUGGACACAAAAAUCACCAUAGCAAUGGCACUGACCACGAAAACCUCCUGGUCAGCUGUCCUUUUAGACAAUUGGUGAUGGCCCACAUAUAAUGUCCACAUAUUUUCAAGGAAUAGUUUUAAAAACAAGUGUAAAUGAAGUUUCCACAUGCUCAGAAGAAAGAAAUGAAGUCAUGGAAGCUCAAAAUUCCAAAGACCAUGCGAGGAUGUAAAAGAUCUGGAGACACCAUCUUCAUUUUUUUGUAUUUCUUGUAUCUGCAAGUAUCUGUAACCAUCAUUAGUAUUACCAAUAGCAUCCAGGCAAAAUAUUUUGAAUCAUCGGUCUGUGAUCAAGUUCAAACUACUCUCACCGAAGAAAUUCU